GGGGUUGCUAAGGGUGAAAGUUUGCCGUGAGUUGGCUCACUUGGGGCCAGGGCGCGGGCGGCUCCGGGCCGGCGGGGCGAGGAGAGGCGGCGUCGACGACACGGGCACCGGCAUUCCCACCCCCACCUCCGGGCGUCCCGCACCACCUCCGGCCCGCGCCGCAGCCCCCGGGCCCGCCCCGCGGAGGAGCCGCACCACCGGGGAUAAGGAGAGGGAGGGGACGGGACGGGGCAGAGCAGAGACCUGCACGCACCGUUCGGGCUCCGCCGGCAGCGCCCACGGCCCCCGCCCGCUGACAGCCGCAACCAGCCGCUGGCCCUGGAGCCGAGGACGAAGUCUGUUUGGAGCCAAAUCUUGUCUAUGUGUGUGUCAUUUUGUCUCUUUUAAUACACUGCCCUGACUUGCUUGCUGCGAAGGGAGUAUGCAUCUGGAGAUCAAAGUUGCUCUUAACUUCAUCAUCUCAUACCUGUACAACAAGCUUCCUCGGAGGCGGGCAGACCUGUUUGGUGAGGAGCUAGAGCGCCUGCUGAAGAAGAAAUAUGAGGGUCACUGGUACCCAGAGAAGCCUCUGAAGGGAUCUGGCUAUCGCUGUGUUCACAUAGGGGAGACAGUGGAUCCGGUGGUGGAGCUGGCAGCCAAGCGGAGCGGGCUGGCCGUGGAGGAUGUGCGCGCCAAUGUGCCGGAAGAGCUGAGUGUCUGGAUCGAUCCUUUUGAGGUUUCCUACCAGAUCGGCGAGAAGGGCUCUGUUAAGGUCCUCUACCUGGAUGACAGUGAGGGCUGCAGCGUCACGGAGCUGGACAAAGAAAUCAAGAGCAGCUUCAACCCCGAUGCCCAGGUAUUCGUCCCCAUUGGCAGCCAGGACAACUCGCUGUCCAACUCUCCGUCCCCCUCCUUUGGCCAGUCACCUAGUCCCACCUUCAUCCCUCGCUCUGCCCAGCCCAUCACUUUCACCACUGCCACUUUCGCUGCCACAAAGUUUGGCUCUACCAAGAUGAAGAAGGGUGGAGGAGCCGGAGGAGGGGGCGGCGGAGCGGGUGCUGGGCAGCAGCCAAGGAUGGUCAGAUCUCCCACCACCAACCUGCUGAAGCACAAGGGCCUCUCCCUGUCUAUGCACUCUCUGAACUUCGUCGGGAGCGCUGGGAGCCAAGCCCCGCAGUCGCAGCUCUCCCCCAAUGCCAAGGAAUUCGUUUACAGCGGUGGGUCACCGGGAUCCAGCAGUCUCUUCUUUGAUGGCAUUGCUGGUGAGAGCCAGGCCAGCAGCAUCCCGCCAACAUCGCAGUUCAACACCGGCACGGGUGGUACCUUUGAUAUGGCUCAGGUCUUUGGUGGCAGCACCAACAGCCUCUUCCUGGAGAAGUCUCCCUUUGUGGAAGGACUCAGCUACAACCUGAAUGCCAUGCAGUAUCCCAGCCAGUCGUUCCAGCCUGUUGUCCUGGCCAACUGAAUACAAGGAAGGAGAGUAUUUUGGGGUGGGGAGGGAGGGUGGGGAAACGAGAACAAAACACAAACGAAAAAAGAGGGAGAGAAAAGAAAAAUAGAAAUAUACAGAAAAUAUUCAAAUCUUAUAAAUAUAGCUUCUUGGGAAAAGAGAGAGCCCAGUGUUGUUGCGCUGUGCAGGCAACGCUCCUGAAGCACUGACUUGUUUUUUAACUCAGUCCCUGUGCUUUUUUCCUACUCACUUUUUUACUCCUUAAAUGAAUCUUGGGAUUUUUUUUGGUUUGUGUUCCCCCAGCACAGGACUGGUGCAAACGUAGCUCACGAUGUUCCUGAUUCCCUGCGUGACCCCUCCCCAGCACUGGGCACAGGGUACUUCCACCUGGGUGUAGGGAUGUCUUCUUUGUACCACCUCGCUGGAGGAGGGACGGGGAGAGGAUGAGUCAGUGUCAGUGGAGAUACACACACUCUUGUUGCGUGCUAGCCAGAAAUGGGUGGGUGGGCUUGCUUUUUCUGUUACAGCUCUACGUGUAGACGGAGAGCAUCUACUGUGCCCACGGGCGUAGACGGUUGUGCUGUUGUUGCUCCAGGCUCUCCAGCCCGGGCUGGCGUCAGCUGUUCUGUCUGUGUGCUGAAAAGCACUAACUCUUCUCCUUGACCGCCUCCCAGCACGUAGCAGGGAGGGCAGAGCAUUACUGUGAAAUGGCUUCUUCCCGCUCCCUUCCUCAUCUGCACUUCCAGCUGCGGCUACAGGAGCACAACGCUUUGAACUGAGCGACUCCAGUUAUUGUCCCCUUCCGCGUGUGAGCGAGGGGGCCUCUCCGUGCCCUCUUGGGGCCGGUUGGUCUGGGUGACAGCCCCGUGGUGGACAAACACCACCCGCCUGUCCCUGCGGCUGGGGGAGGUGGUGCUGAGCCAGGCAGCGGCCCCCCAAACUUGGAUCCUGCCCCCAUUUUCUGGACGUUCUCCCCAGCAGCAGGGGCCAGCAUCCACCUGGGGUGGACUCUGAGGUCUGAGUUCUCGUUCCCUGCUGUGAAUUCAUCCUCUUGGAGAGGGAAUUCCUUUUUUCAUUAGCAAGGCAGCACUACUUUUGAGGAAGAAAAAGGGCUAUGUUGUUGAAGCUGCUCUCUUGAGUGGUAGCGUAAGGGUUUGUGCUUUCAGCCAGGUAUGUACCUGACUAAAUCUCCUCCCCCACCCUUCUGGAGGAGCGGGAGGAGGUGGAUGAUCUGGUGUUGAAGGGAAGCAUCUAGCAUAAACUCAUCAUUCCACCCAGGUCGCGUCAGUGCGGACGGUGGCAGGCUCAGAGCAGAACGGGGGCAGGCGCUCCAAGGGUGAGCAGCCGUCCCAGUGUGUGAAUGCUCCCUGCCACAGUGCCAGGAUCUGGGAACGCCACUGCGGCUUUCCCCGGGGUGAUGUGCUGCAGUCGGGCCAUAGUGGCUAGAAGUGGCAUAAAAGCUAGGUUGCUUCUGCGUCAGGGACUCCAAAACCCACCUUCGUGGAAGCCAAAGGAGGGCUGCUUCUUGCCCACGCAGGGUGGAGGCUCUCUAGGUGGGAAGGAGGUCUCCUUGGAGGCUGUUGUGGAAGUAUGGAAGUGUGCAAAGAGGAGAGAGAUGGAGAUGAGGAAACUCCAGUCUUUGAAGUUCUCAGUUUAAAAGAAAAAUAAGCUUUUUGCUGCCUCCUAAACUUGAGGUUUGGUUUUGUUUUCGUGAUGUCUCUGGAGCACCUUCUGAAACCUACUUCUCCAGUGUCUGUUGAACCAAUGUGCUCUUUCAAGACAUCCCUGUUUCAGGGGAGAUUGGCUCGAACUUGUGCUUUUCCCGCUCCCUUCCCUCGAGCUGAGAUGAAGCCCAGCCCUCUUGUAGUUGUGUUGCCAGUGAGCCUUUGCAGAGGUAACGGGCUGUCCCAGGGAGACUGCCACUGCCUGGAGCUCUUUCAGGAGAGUUUCCAGCGCACCCUUUCCCUCUCUGGGUGACUGGGGAAAGCACGGUCCCGUCCUCGCACCCAGUGCAGGUCCCCAAGCAGGCUGCUUGCCAUCGAGCUAUGACCAACGUGGUGGGUGGGCAAGGAGAGUGGAGCCCAGCUAGCUUCCCCCAAACUGGCACCCACGGCCUCAACCCCGCAGUUUUCCAGACUGGGACGAGUUCCUAAGGAACAGCCAAGCUGUUGGGUUUCCCUUUUUUUUUUUUUUUCUUUUCUUUUUUUGGACCCCUUUACUUACAGACAUUACCACUGCCACCCCGUCCUUGUCCCUGGGAGUGUGCUGCUGAGCGCCAGCCCACUUACCACACUGAACUGAGGGGUGCUCGGCCCCUGAUGGUGGGACCUGCUCCACUUGCCCCCCCCCCCCCGUCUCCCCCCCCCCGUCUCCCCGCAAUCUGGCAGAGCCACCCAUAAGCUGCUGCUGCGGGACUCCCCUCCAGCACAGGGAGGGAGGGGAGAGGGGGGGGAUGCCCCUCGGCCACCUGCUUAUCUGUGUGAAGUUUUGAUGCCGCUUUGCCCUGCCACACGUAUUAUACCUGCUUUAAAAAUAGUGGUGUGAGUGGAAGGAGGAAAAGAGGAGGGACCAACCUCUUUGUAUCUUAAAAGGAAAAAAGCGUGCUUCAGAAACGUUCCUCCAGCAUCAGGCAGCAAUGGAAACUAACGGCCUUUUCGGGUCUUUUCUAGUCUUGGAUGUAGGCGUUCAGCUUCAAUUUUAUUUUUUAAAAACCUGCACUAAUUUACCUGGUUUCUUAGGAAGAGAAGAGAGAAAAUUUUUUUUUAACUUUUAUUUUUUAUGGGUUUGUGUUCUUUUUGUUGAUGUCCGUUUGUAUUGAAUAAUUUGCUACAUUUGUAAGAUGUAAGAGGUAUAUAUAAUAUAUGUAUAUUUCUAACGUAAAAAAAACUGUAAUUUUUUUCUUUUCAAGAUUUUUUUCUUAAAAAGAGGAGAGAAAAAAAUAUUUUUUCAGGAAAAAAACUUUAAAAAAAAAAAAGUGGUGAAGAUUCCUUUUUCCCCCACUCAGCCUCCCUCCUUUCCCUCCCGCCCUUCUCUGAGGAGUGAAUUGACAGUUGCCUUGUGGGAGAGGAGGAGUGAAAGAGGACAGAAGUCUGUACGUCUCCGAGCGGAGGAUUUCCGUGUGUGCUCUGCUUGGGUUUCUUUCUGAGAAGGGGGCUACUGAGAGGGGGAGUCAGGGGGGUUGCUGUCUUUUUUUUUUUUUUUUUUUUUGUCUUUUUCUUUAGCGAAGGAGGAAUACAAUCAGAGUUUUGUAUUCAGAAUGUUGUGCAAUAUUUUGGAACAGGACAUUGGCGUGUCUAGAGAUUUAGUUAAAAACAAAAAAAAAACCACAAAAACAAAAAAACAAAAAGGUUGAUCAAAUCUGUACAGUUUCUAUUGUUCCAGAUUUUUUUAAGUUUGUAUUAAAAGCAUGAUAUAAUAA